UUUGAAUAUGAAACCGAGUUUCACCGCGCUAAUUGAGAACUGAGCAUUGUUCAAGAUGCUAGCAUACUCCUACCAAUGUAGAUUACUUUCCACACGACUGAUUGCUCGAAGUAUUUUACCAAUUUGUCGCCCCAUCACUCAGGAUCAUGCUUUAAAAUCUAAUAAACUUGGAACGGGUAAUGUAAAGUUAGGAUAACAUGGUCUUUAAAUUAAAAUUACCAUGUUUCUUGUCCCAUGUUUUUUUGGAUAACAGACUUAAUUUAGGUCAGCACUAAGUUUUGCUUUUGUAAUUCAGGGGUUAUAAAUUCUUGUUAUGUGGUACGACAGUGUAAUAAUAUGGUGAUUGAUCUACCAUGCAUGACUCGAGUCAUUCGCUGGCGUGUAAAUUUAAAAAAAUUGGUGAUCACCAAGGUGUCAAUUUAUUGAAUCUCCGCCUCGAGGAAAAGUCCAUGUUUGUUGCAAAGUCUCCUGAGUUAAUGUCAAUCAAUUCAUAGCCUAUAUCACUCGUAUUUCUUCAAAGUUCGCCCUCAUUUCCUCAUUCUUUUUUAAUUGAGAUCUGGAGCCGCUUUUGUAAGAAAACGAUAUUAUGCUCUCUGAUUGUGCCUUUCAGUAUGAAGUCCCACCAAUCGUUGUAAAUAUUUCCCUCCAAAAUAUCCUCAUAAUUAAAGAAUCUGGUGUGCCUCUCGUCAAUUCUCCUUUCUCAUGGUUUUAAUGAGACGAAAGCCAGUUGCUAAUGCCUACCCACCAACACCAGCUGUUCAGAGAACCGGUCUGUUACCAUCAUAUCACUGGACGUUUGAACGUAUUCUAGCUGCAAGCAUGUUGCCAUUAUAUCCAGUCGCACUCUAUAUGGAUACCCCUAUGAUGAAUUUUAUAGUAGUGACUGCUGUUUCCAUGCAUUCCUACUGGGGAUUUGACGGUGUUAUCAAAGACUAUGCAUUUGAACGUCGUUAUGGUCCUGCACUCAUGCCCAUAUUACGCACAUUAUGGAAAGUUAUGGCUGGUUGCGGUUAUGCUGGCCUUUUGUAUUUCAAUUUUAAUGACAUAGGAUUUAUUUCAGCCGUGAAAAAGCUAUGGGCUUUGUGAAAAUAUUUUUAGUUCUAUUGCUUUAACUUCUCAUUCUCAUAUUUUUAAGACUGCUUAGAUUAUUUGGGUAAUUACUUAAAAUCACGAACCUUUUUAUGUAUUAGCAUGUUUUCCUUUAAUACCCAAAUGUAAUAUGGAACUAAUUUCUAAUAAAUGUGUCUAAUUAUAUG